CCUCGGGCAAUCAGCAGAAGAGCCAACCUGCUCUGCAGAAAGACACGCCACAAGAGAGUAAGACAGGUUACACACAGAUACCCAUUUCAAGUCAAUGUACGAACCUCAGUUGAAGCACAACAUGUGGGAGGACCAGCAGCACUCUCAGUCCGGCUGCUCGGCAGAAAUGUACUACGACUCCAGGAACAACCCCCAUCCUAAGAUGGUCCGUCACAUCAGAGGAAUAAACAAUGCUCUGAUCUGUUUCGUAAGAACCAGCUUUUCAAGAGCAGACCCAUCUGCUGUUGACACAGGCGUCCCCAAGCAAGAAGCUCAUCAAGAACAUGUGCUAACUGGCAACGCCACAAGCAACACAUCUGCCAACCGCUGCCUCCCAAAGCUCGAGGGCUUUGUGCGGAGGGAGUUACGCACUCCAGAGUCCCUGACGCAAGGCCGUGCGCAUGUUCCUGAAAUGACUCAAAAUACCCCUUCAUUUGAAAAGGUGCUGGGAAAACUCAGCAAAAUUUUGCAGACAGAUUCGCUUACCAAGAUCCAAAAAUGGUUCGCAACUGCAAGUGAAAAAGAGAAAGAUGACAUAUUCAGGCUGAUAUAUUCAGAACCAACUGACGAAGGCAUGCUGAAUUCUAAGGAAGGUACAGCAGAGACCAUGAGGAGCCCGAGUCUGCAAAAGCCUUUAUCUCCUCUUCAGAGAAGUCCAGAAGGGAUAAGGAGUCAGUCCAGGUCUUCGGCGCGAGAAUCAGUGGCAAGUCAAAACACAAGAACUCAAAGGAGAAACAGUGUCUUUUGCUCUCAACAUUGAGAAACAGAGGUCUAGCGCUAGCAGCCCCACAGCUCCCAGGGAAGAACUGCAACUGAGAAAGCGAUAUGGAAACAAGAGACCAUGCUGCUUCACCGUCUGCCGAAGUCUCACCUGUGCCACAGCCACCCCAGACAACACAAACCCCCUUUCACUGGAG